GGGUGGCUGAAACGCCUAUAACCUGAAAGGCUGAAAUUGACCUACUGGUCAACCUAAUGAUCUUUCGAAUCGUGGUUAGUUGAGUCAAACCUGGUCAAUAAUUUGAUUUGUUUGUUAUUAUUCCAACCGCGGUGCAUUAUUUGUAAUGCCAGAAGUGAUGGACGGCCAAACGGAAGAACAGCAGUUGAAUCUGCCGAGAUUUAAGACGCUAAAUAUCCAAGAUAACGAGACCGGAUGGGGACCAUGCGCCCUUCCAGAACAGUUCAAAGAUAUGCCCUAUCAGCCCUUCUCCAAAGGGGAUCGCCUCGGAAAAAUAUCCGACUGGACAGGUGCUACAUUCCAGGACAAGAAAUACACCAGUAAAUACCAGUCUCAGUUCGGAGCCGGUAGCCAAUAUGCUUACUACCAUGAGGAGGACGAGAGCAGCUUUCAUCUUGUCGACACCACCAGGGUGCAGAAGCCGCCGUACCAAAGAGGACGGUUUCGCCAGAUGCAGAGGAAUCUCCGAGGAAGGGGUGGCCAAAGGGCUGGAUACGUUUGGGAUAGAAAGAAUCAGGUGAAUGUUAAGAAGUAUGGGAAGCAACAAGGUUUGCGAAACCAGAAAAAUCAAGCGCCGAUCAAAAAUCGUGAUGCGAGUGUGACAGUUCGACCUGAUUGGGUGACUAUUGAAGAGAUGGACUUCCCCCGGCUGUCUAAACUGUCUCUGCCUAAUGUCAAAGAAGCCGAUGAUAUUGUUUGUUGUGGAUCUUUGGAGUAUUAUGACAAAUCUUACGAUCGUGUUAACGUGAAGAAUGAGAAGUUACUGCAAAGAAUCGAUCGUAUAUUCCAUACUGUUACUACGACUGAUGAUCCUAUAAUUCGUAAAUUAUCCAAAACAGAAGGAAAUGUUUAUGCAACUGAUGCUAUUUUAGCAACCCUCAUGUGCUGUACACGUUCCAAUUAUUCCUGGGAUAUCGUCAUUGAGAAAAUUGGUGAUAAACUGUUUUUUGAUAAACGUGACAAUACUGAAUUUGAUUUGCUUACUGUUAAUGAAACAUCGGUCGAACCGCCCAGUGAUGAUGGCAAUAGUUUGAAUUCACCCAGGAAUCUUGCGCUCGAGGCUACAUUUAUUAACCACAAUUUUUCACAACAAGUUUUGAAAACUGGCGAAGCGAGAUUUAAAUUCGGCGAACCAAACCCAUUUAUCACUUCUCCAGAAGAAGGAGAGGAAGCUUCUGUCGCUUAUCGCUACAGAAAAUGGGAUUUGGACAACGGCGUCAUCCUCGUGGCAAGGUGUGAACACGAUGCCGUCGUCAAUUCACCAUCCGGAGAUCAAUUUUUAACAAUAAAAGCCUUAAAUGAAUGGGAUUCAAAGUUGUCUGGUGGUGUUGAAUGGAGGCAAAAACUGGACAUUCAACGUGGUGCGGUCCUUGCUAACGAAUUGAGGAACAAUGCUUGCAAAUUAGCAAAAUGGACCGUUCAAGCUAUUUUGGCAGGUUCUGAUCAGAUUAAAUUCGGUUACGUUUCUCGUGUUCACGUUCGUGAUUCGUCGAAGCACGUCAUCCUCGGAACGCAACAAUAUAAGCCUGCUGAGUUUGCACAACAGAUCAAGCUUAAUAUGGAUAACGCCUGGGGCAUUUUGAGGUGCAUAAUUGAUAUUUGCAUGAAGCAGAGAGAUGGAAAAUAUCUAAUUAUGAAGGAUCCCAACAAGCCAUUGAUCCGUCUCUACGAUAUCCCUGAUAAUACUUUCGACUCAGAAAAUGAAGACGCCGAAGAAGAUGAAGGUGGAGUUUUCAUGUAAUGUUUGGGAAUCAAUCGACUUAUUGUUUAAAAAAA